AAGUGGGCACGGCCUUCUCCUGCUUCUUCUUUAAAUGAGGCAGAACUUCUACUUCAGAGUGAAUGGAGCGUGCUUUGCAGAAGUCCCUUGGGUGUUCAUGCACUUGGCCCAGAGAUACUGCUCUCACAUCAUGUUUCAAACUCCUCUUGUGGAUUUGCUCUCAGAGCCUGAGGCACGUUCUUUUAAAUCUCUUCAGUGAUAGCAAAUCUUAACCUUUUUCUGGUGGAUUUGAUUUUGGGAGGCAGCCCCUGGGAGCUACGUCCAGUGAAUAAGCGUGAACCACUUACAUUGUUGAGGAGGAAGGAAAGGUGGAUCUUAGAAGGAAGCCAUCACGGUGAAAGGGCUCGGCUGCUUUUGUUGUUACCUACCUGUGCCGAGCAGCUCUGACAUCCGGAGGCAGUCAUUUUGGUGUGGAGGAUGUCUUUGGCAUUCUACAACAGGUGACUUGGAGGCAGCUGCUCCACAGAUGAGCAAUCAGGAGCCACUAAUCCAGAGCUCUCCUCCCGGGGCCCCAAGCACAGAGAGGUUCCCAAAGUGGCUGGGAUGCGCUAGAAACUGAAGCCAGAGCGCACCGUCAGCUGCCUUCCCUGCUUCUUGGGGCGGAAGCCAGAGAGAGCUGUUUGGAAACGUCUCAUUCACACACCAGUUGAAGACCAGGCUUUGAAGCAUUUCAAAGUAGAUUGAGGUCUCUCUUGGAUGGACGGAGAGAGGUAACAUCCUGCAAACUGCUGCCAGAGGUCCUGUGGACACAAACCCCCUCUGGUUUUCAUUCCCUGUGUUGAAUGGUGUUUGCUUUAGCCAUUCAGGGAUUCUGAACUUGUGACCAGGAAUUCAGGCCGGGAAGAUGCUGAGUUCCAUCAAGUGUGUGUUGGUGGGAGACACUGCCGUGGGCAAAACCUCCCUGUUGGUGCGCUUCACCUCCGAGACCUUCCCGGAGGCCUACAAGCCAACCGUGUAUGAGAACACGGGCGUGGAUGUCUUCAUGGACGGCAUCCAGAUCAGCCUGGGUCUGUGGGACACAGCUGGCAAUGACGCCUUCAAAAGCAUCCGUCCCCUGUCCUACCAGCAGGCCGACGUGGUGCUGAUGUGCUACUCCGUGGCCAACCACAACUCUUUCCUGAACCUGAAGAACAAGUGGAUUGGUGAGGUCAGGAGCUACCUGCCCUGCACCCCCGUGCUGGUGGUGGCCACCCAGACGGACCAGCGGGAGGUGGGGCCCCACAGGGCCUCCUGCAUCAGUGCCAUGGACGGGAAGAGAAUGGCCCAGGAGGUGAGAGCAAAGGGCUACUUGGAGUGCUCCGCCAUUAGCAAUCGGGGGGUGCAGCAGGUAUUUGAGUGCGCUGUCCGCACUGCCGUCAACCAAGCCAGGAGACGCAACAGAAGGAAGCUCUUCUCCAUUAAUGAGUGCAAGAUCCUCUAACCUCCCAGGGACUUCAACCAACACUCAUUCACUCCCCUCAAAGACUAACAGGGGCGGGGAGCGCAGGCAAGCCAGCAAGGGUUGGUGCUCUUCGGGGCACAUCCCGAGCUGCGUAUCCUUUCGGAUACGGUUGUCUUGUCGCUGGGACUCGGCCCCCGGAUGUUUUACUGAGUGCACUCUGCAAAUGAACUCCUCAUCCAGUCCAGCCAGAGGACCCCUUGGGCAGCUGGAAUGAAUAUUCUAUCUUCGAUUUAAAAAACUAAAAUGGUCUCUAUAAUUUUGGACAAUGAAGUGAGUUUUCCAAAGAAUUCCAUAUUUAAAGACACAAUGUAUUUAAAUGAUAACGAAAUGUAAAGCUCUUAUAUAUAAUUAAUUUUCACGCUCGGGAAGUCUUCUCCCACGUACUCACAAACACACACCGCUGUGUGUGUGAAGUGGUCUUAUGGGAUAUUCUGCCAUAUGUGUUCGUAGUGUUAUUUUCACCUGAACUGCUAAUUUUCUCGAAGCCACUUGCCUGCUCCAUUUUACUAGGUAACCAGAUUUUAAAAAGACCAUCAACUGAUGCUUGCUAUUAGUUUUUCACCCAGCUGUCACUCAGUUUGCAUACAAAAUAUGUUUGAUAACAUGAUACCUUAAUACUGUCUAAUGAUUUAAGGCAGUUAUCAGUCUGUUUUUUCUGUAAUUAUUAAAAAACAUUUCUUAUUUACAAUACUACCUUUCACCCAAAGAACUCCAAUUAUGCACUAAGUAUUCCUCUUUCAUUUACCAAAACAGAUCAAAGGAAAACCCUUCGGGCAGAGAAUCAGACUGCGUCAAGUAAUAGCAGCAGAGCUCGGAACAGGAUUUAGAACUCUCCCUCUCCUUUGCAGGGCCUGGGAUUUCUGGAUCCCAGCCUUGUGAAUGAGGGCCAGCUCAGCGUUCUGCAUGACAACAGUCAGGAGGCUUUGUUAUCUGAGCUCUUAACUAAGCUGGCAGAGCAACAUAAGUUAUGAAUUUCAGGAUCUUAUCAGAAUGAUUAGUAAGGUGUCUAUGUACAUAUGUGUGAGUGAAGGAAAUAAGGUAGAAUUUAUAGUUUUUACUAUUUCAUGAAUAUGAAACACCUGUGUAAAAAAGCAAUCACGAGUUCCCAGCACAGGGAACAGGAAAACUGUAUAACAAUUUUUUUUUGUACAAUAAAAUGGUAUCAAGGGGAAAUACUGAAUUAAUAGGGACCCCUCAAACCCCAUUCUAUCUAAUGGCUUCAAAGCAGUGGCAUGGAUCAUUUGUUAAAGUUGAGAACAGAAUUCUGUGUCACUUGAGGAGGAAAUUGCGAGGGCUGGCACCAGGUACAUCAUUUACCCACCUAAUCAGAGGAAACUGAGAACGACUCCGAACCACGUUUGUUCAAGUUCAUCACUGUUAUUGUAGGGCGUGGCCCUCGCACACAAAUGGUAGGGCAGCUGGCGUAAGUAACUAGGAUUAGACUCACGCUGGCAUAACCAAACCCGUUUCUCAGUUUCCUCAUGUGGUCCAGUCAUCACGGCUAUAACAAUGCCAGCACCCAAUCUGUGCCCCUCCUCACACGUCUCCCCCAGGAACACCCACCCAGUAAAAGGCCAGGGACCUGGGUCUCAGUCUUGGGGCACCGAAGUUCCUUCAGUUCCCUGGGGCUGAUGGAUCUGCCCUCCCCCAGCCACCUCUACUCCUCCAGCCCUGUGGCUUGUCCUUGCCUCUGUUACCUGUGUCCCUUGACCGGAGUGUCCCUAUGUCGAGUUCUCCGUAUUGUGCUUAAAGGCUGAGCAGGCCCGGGGGGUGGGGGGCAAAGGGAGCUCACCUUCUUUAGUAUCCCUGUCAAUCCCCCUCUCCAUCAACACACGAACAGUCUUAACUCACACAGAAUUUUCUUCAGGGCUGGUCUUUUGGGUGGAGUCUAUUUAGCUUGUCAGCAGGAAUGAAUUUCUAUCUGUCAACAUUGCCUGUCCCCAGUCUUUUCUUUCUUCAUUGUUGAAGGGAGAAGAAGACAGGGGGUGUCUCUGGAAAUGGGAAAGCCCAGGUACCUGAUUCAGAGUGCGGGAAAAGGAGGUGAUUCCAUUUCAGGACAGGCAGGCAAGGCCAGAGCGGGGACAGCCACAUGGGUGGACACACCAGUGAGCCUUCUGCUUGCAGGCAGCAGCCAAGCUUUGAGGUUCCCCGUGGGAGCCCUCACACCCGAGAACAGGGAAUGCAUGUGCAAACCCCGCCCAGGACGGGACCUGGCAGAGUGGCUGUCUCCUCUAUAGGACUGAGUUCCUGAAGGCAGAGACGCUCGCUGUGUAUCUCGCAGGGCCCAGUACAGGGAAGAAACUGUAACUGAACAAACGUGUUGAAUUGGAGAGAGCAAAGGAAUGGCUGCUGUGCCACGAAGUGGGUAUGGGGGGGGAAGCAGACCCCUGUCAGCCUUGCAGGGGCAAGAAGUGAAAGUAGGUCACUUCUGUUGGAAAUCAUGUAAUGUAUGUUCUACACAAGUCUCUAUUUGUACCCGCCUUUAUUUAUUUGUGCCUGUCUUGACUCAGGCACAUGCUUCUUACUCUCCAAAACCUGCAGGACUUUCUGUAGACUGUACUAUGCUGAUUCUUAACUGCACCAAACAACUGUAUUAAAUAUGCUCUUGUUUACCUUAAA